AUGGCAAGACCAUCAACGCACGACCCUUCGCUUGCAACGCCCGAACAGCUGUGCAUGCUCGGUCUGUACGCAGUCGGCGCCUCACUGCUCGGCACCAUGCACCAGUCACUCCCCUUGCACGCUAACACCUUGGAAAGCGAUUCCGAGCCGCCCAAGUCUGCGGCUAUGGAACGUGCAUUCCCCACUCCAUCUCGAAGCAGAAAGCACAGCAAGCACAGCAAGCGAAAGGGAACAAGCCUAGACUUGCUCUCUGGAGAGUUUACUCUGCCUCCUCCCCGUCCGCCCGUGAUGCACAACUUUUCGUUCAACGCGACCAAGCUGGGGAUUACGGGCAAUGCCUUGCCUGCCGAAAUGCCGCCAAGUCCGCUCUCGACUUGCGUAGACCUUCCCCUCCUGCAGGACAAGGUCUCGCCCCGUUCGAACGGAUGGCUGCACUACCUGACUCCUUCGUGGUCCAGGUCGCAACAGCAGCAGCCUGAAGAUGACCGCGAGGAUCGUCAACGUCCGCUCAAGAAGCAGCGAUCCUGGACGCGUUUGCCCGCCGCCUCUUCACGUCGUGAGCAGCGAUCCGCUUCGCAUCCUGACAAAAGCUUCUCGUCGCCUACCUACGUGCCAGCGAGACUGGGUCUUGUUCCCUUCCUGCCACCGCAUCAAGGCGAGCUUGCACCUCCCCGUCCUCGCGCGAGGAGCAUGAGUCUCGACGUGCCCACACUUGCGCGAAAGAGCAUGAGUGCCCUGCGCACCAAGAAGGCUCCUUUGGCCAAACCCGAGCAACCACCGCAGCCAACGCAGCCACCGCUACUAGCUCACCCGGCAUUCCUGCAGGAUCGCGAGUACCUCGACUGGAACGGUCCGGGUCUGCAAGUGGAUCUCACCGACGUUUCGUUGCGAGAUCUGCCUCGGGAGAGCACGAGCUCGAGCGGGUCCGACUAUAGCUACGAUCGCAGACACAGCAUCAGCGGCAGCAGCGGCCACGAAGGCUUACACCCUCGUGCUCGAGGUCAUAGUGGAGGAUCGUUCGCCAGUACGGCUCCAUCGACUGUGACCGAAACUGCAGUGAUGUCUUCUGCCUUCUCUGCAUCGGAUGUCCAUGAGGGCGAGUGCGAUGACCAGGGCUCGGACUCGGACUCCGACGAGGAUGACAUUGAGUGGGAGAGGCCAUUGAUGCGACCCACCCAUGCAUCUCCGAUCGCCUUGCCGCAGCCUUUCCCAGCUUCUCCGUGUGCCUAUCGUGGCAAGGGUAGGAGUAGCUUCCAGGUGGGCGGCAGCAGCAACGAAAGACCACGAUUCGCAUCGUUUGCUUCGCACGGCAAAUCUCCUCUAGGAAAUGCGUCCAACGUAUCCCUCGAGGCAUCGAUGCUAGGUCGUGGUCCACGGCGUGUCGCUUCGUCCAACUCUUUGAACGGAAAGAGCACAGAGCCGGGCAGGUCGAGUCUCAGUGAGCGAGCCAGGCGUUCUUUCUCGCAAGCGAGGACACUGCUCACCGUGCCUUCUUCUCGAUCCACAGGAGCAGGACGCCGCUCAACAGCAGGCGACGCCGCAACUCGUCCUGCGGCCGUCUUCCUCCAGCCCGUCAACACGGGCGUCAUCAGCCGUCCGUGCCAAACCACCCCCAACCCGGUACCCAGCUCGCGCUCCAACUCGAUGAGCAUGACAAGCUCUACGACUCACACUGUAGACGGAAGCUCGAUCCGCUAUCCCUCCUUCUACCUAGGCACGUCGUCCGAGAAUGACUCGGUGACGGGAGGAAGCAGUGGCAACAGCAGCAGCGGCGGUCGUAGCUGGGAAUCCACUGCGCCCGAACUGGCGGCUUUGGAGGAACUCGUGUUGACCGAGUGCAAGUACCUGGCCGACUUGCAGCUGUUGCUCGAUAUUUACGUCGAGGGUCUGCGCAGGAUGGGGCUCAUGACGUCUGCCUCGAUCGAAAAGAUCGUAUCCAAUCUGGACGAGGUGAUGGCAUUCUCCAAGUUCCUCAUCGACACUAUUCGCGCGUUUUUGCCAAAGAGGAUGUCGCCGCCAACGUCGAUUUCCUCGGCGCCCAGCAACAGCCACGAUGGAUCGUCACCGAGCCAGCCCCACCAUGGCGAUCGCCAGCCCAUGUUGAACGAGCCGGACUACCUCGGCUUGAGCACCAAGCUGGUCGAGGAGCUUCCUGCGCGCAUGGAGGUUUACGCGAGGUACUGCGUCGCUCACCACGGGGCCAAGGAGCGGCUCACAUUCGAGCGAGAGCUGAGGCCAGCUGUGGCCACCUUCAUCGAGCUGACGAGAAGUACCAACCCGACGUUGCAAGGUAUGGACAUGGCGCAGUUCCUUGUGCUGCCCGUGCAGCGUGUCACCCGAUACCCCCUGUUGUUUGGCUGUCUCGCCAAGGAGUGCGGCAAGAGACGGACCGACGGCGACGAGCUGCGAGAAGAGGACGAAGAUGCCGAGAUUGCCCACCACAGCGAGCAGAGGCAAGAACGAGCGAAUGCCAUCUACAGCAAUUGGAUCCGGCUGCGCGACGUGAGUGCUUCCAUUUGCGGUCUCACCAAUCUGGCCAUCUCGUACCAGCAACAACCUGUUAGACCCGAAGCAGGACGCGGUGGUCCCAGGCCGUCGACUUCAUCUCCGAUGCUCUCGUCGUCGUCGCCGUCCUAUGGAGUGCCAUUUCGAGCAGUGCAGAUGACCGCACCUCCUCCGCCGCCUGCGCUGGUGACGAGGGAGCAGCAGAGUAGCAGUGCAGUCAAGCCUGCCGCUUCGCCGACCGAGCAAAACGUCAAGCCCCGAUCUUCCACGUUCUCGCUUGCAUCGCCGUGGCGAAGAUCGUCGCCGGCCAAGCCAUCCGACAAGCGCCAGAUUGAACAAUCACCUGGCUUGCCUUCCGCCUCGUCGAGCACAAUCGGCGGUGCUACACCUUCGCUAACGACAGCGUCGUCCUCGUCCUCGUCGAGUGGAUCGUCCAGCACGCUGCUGUCUCGCUUUACCAAGGCGUUCCGUCGCUCUUCAGCCUGA